AUGCAAUUCCUCGCACUCGCUGUGCUUUUCAUUAUACGUUUUUCGGCAAAUGCUCGUCCUUCUACUCCAGUCCAGGAGGACGACAUAAUACUAAUCCCAGAGCAGAUGGAAUUUUUUGAAGGAAUCGCAGCAACACGAGUGGUAAAGUCGUGGUCAGAGUAUUAUUGGAAGAAGAGUACCUUAGUUUACAGCUUUCGCGAGGAAUUAUCUUCCUGGGACAAAGCUCGAAUUGAAAGUGCUAUGUUAGAAAUAUCAUCACAGACGUGUGUAAGAUUUCGACGGACAGAAAACCAACGAGAACCACAAGUGCUGAUUCAAAGAAAGGGCUUGGGUUGCUGGUCCAAUGUUGGCUACUUGGGUAGAUCUGAUCAGGCUCUUAAUCUGGCCAGAGGUUGUAUGUCUAGUGGAACCAUACAGCAUGAACUCCUUCACUCACUUGGCUUCUAUCACGCACAAAAUGAUCCGCAACGGGAUAGCUAUGUAAAGAUCCUUACAGAAAACAUCAAGUCCGGUCAUGAGCACAACUUCAAGAAACUCUGGGUCCAUGGAAUCACAGAUUUUGGACUUGGCUACGACUACGACAGCAUCAUGCACUAUGAGUCAUUUGCUUUCUCAAAGAACGGAAAGCCUACCAUUGUUCCUUUAAGGAAAGAUGUGAAAAUUGGCCAAGCAACACAAAUGAGCCCAAAAGACGUGGAAACUCUUAAGCGGAUGUACUGCUAA